AUGACUGAAGGGGCCGGGGUGUCAUCAUCUCUUCCUCAUCCUGUGGAACCCUGCACCCCUGAUAUGACUGAAGGGGCCGGGGUGUCAUCAUCUCUUCCUCAUCCUGUGGAACCCUGCACCCCUGAUAUGACUGAAGGGGCCGGGGUGUCAUCAUCUCUUCCUCAUCCUGUGGAACCCUGCACCCCUGAUAUGAAUGAAGGGGCCGGGGUGUCAUCAUCUCUUCCUCAUCCUUCGGAACCCUGCACCCCUGAUAUGACUGAUGGGGCCGGGGUGUCCUCAUCUCUUCCUCAUCCUGUGGAACCCUGCACCCCUGAUAUGACUGAAGGGGCCGGGGUGUCCUCAUCAUCUUCUGUAUAUGCACCAUCUAUUUCCUACAACGAGUAUAGACCAUAUUAUGACUGUCACAAUGGUAACUAUGUAGAAAGUUCCACGCUUUUGACCCCAUCUACCGAAAAUGACUCUUAUGCUUCAACUGUUAACAAGAAAAAGGAAACGGAUUCCUCUAAGAAAUAUGACACUCUUUCUAAUAUGGCUGAUAAAGAGCUUCAAAAAGAGAAAGAUCGAUAUUCUGCUCGUUUUAUGGACAACUGCCCCUUUUCUCAUCUCCAAAGCGUCUCACCAAAUCAACAUUUUACUGCUUCAUCUGAACCAUCUGCCUGCCAGUCACCCGACAUAGAAUCGUCAAGCCUGCAUAACUUUUCUGUUGAGGACCACCUCGAGGUGCCACCCAAUGCUUCAAAGGCUUCUCCAGUGCCCCUUGAGCAUCACUCUAAAUCACCUCCAAAACUCUCAUUUGAUCCAAAGACUGACAACAUUGUGAAGACUUUCCGUGCUAAAAUGCGAGAGUACCCAGAAUAUGCGUGCAUUAAAUGUCACAAGCUUUUCUUCCGUGAAGGUGUUGUUAAGGCAAAGGAUACUCUUAAGUUUAAGCUUAAUAUUCCUUCGGUUACUAAAGCAGAUAAUAAAUGGAUUUGUAAACGUUGCAAUAGUUAUUUAAAGCGUGGCAAGUUCUCCCCUAUAGAUGUAAACGAAAUGUUCCUGGCAUCAGGCGAUCUCCCAUCCUCCCUUCAGCCAAACCCCACCGAAUGCCGCUUAGUAUCCCAAAUCAUUCCAUUUAUGAAAAUUUUAUCCCUUCCUGCUGGUGGUCAAAGUUGUAUUAAAGGCCCUGUUGUUAAUGUCCCCAUCCAACCUGACAGAAAUUGCAUGCAGCUCCCUCGUAAACUUUCUGAGUCUGGUAUUUUAGCUGUCCGUAUAAAACGUAAGGUUGAGUACAAGUCUGUUGUAAUGUCUGAUGUUGUUAAUCCUGAUAAAUGUAUAACAUUAUUAGUAUGGCUUAAGAAAAACAAUCCUUUUUAUAAGAAUGUUGUACUUUCCCAUGAUUUCAUUAAACAAAAUUACGAUGGUGAUAAGCAGUUCUUUGACUCGUACAUGAAUGAUGACCCUGUUGUUGUUUCUAUGUCAAUAUUAGAUCUUAUUUUAUCAAAUGUCACUAACGAGGGUACGUACUGUGAUAUGCCUUUUGAGUCUUGCAUCCAAAAAUCUGAUCCAGCUGAGAACAUUGAUGACGGUAAAAUACCUUUCAUGGACUUUGCACCUGGCCAGGGUAGUAAACCUGUUCCUUUCCUUGGUAAUGCCGACUACGAAGCCUUGUCAUUUCCUGAUCUAUUUCCUCUCGGUAAGGGUCACUUCAACUGCAGCAAAAGAAAUGAUCUCAUUAAGAAAAAACUUCUCCCUAAACUCUCCUUAAAAGAUUACGCUGAAAGCAAAUUAUACUCUAAGCAUAGAAAGUACGCUCAAAACCCCGAGUAUAUAUUUUACAUGCAGAACUGGAUUGAACGUGAUCAGCUACUUAGUUGCAUUGCUACUCACAUGCGCAAAGGUUCUAGAACUAUGGACGGUCAAAUCAUUACCGCAGGGCUCCUCAGAUCUUACCAGUGCAACAUGGAUCAGCUUCAAAGUAACAUUGAUGCUUAUAAAUUUAUGAAAAAUAUGAAGGGUACUCCAGCUUACUUACAGAAGAUCAAGAACGAUGGUAUAGCUAUGGUGAAUCAGCUAGGUAAUUUUACUUGGUUCUUAACAUUCUCCUUUAACGACUUGGUCUACUCAGUUCCGGCUAUUCUGAAAUUAAUGGGUCAGGAACCUACGGAUGAAUUAUUAAGUGACAUAAGCUGGUUUAGGAAGCACGAGCUAAUUAAAAUGGACCCUGUCAUUGCUGUGCGCAUGUUCGACCGCUACGUCCGCAAAAUUCUAUCUUAUCUGAUUGAGGAUCAGGGUGUCAUGGGGGAGGCUUUGGCUCAUUUUGGUAGAAAUGAGUUUGGGGGCCGUGGAUCCCCUCACCUUCACAUGCUUCUCAAAGUAGUAGGUGCCCCUAUACCAGGUGAGAGUCCCAUCGAGGAAGUAAUAGAAUUUAUUGAUAAGUAUGUUACAACUCAUUAUCCAACCCUUGAAGAAGAUCCCGAGGUUCACAAACUUAUCAAGCUUCAGCUGCACUCCCAUACAAAAACAUGUCAGAAAGGUGGUAAAGACAUAUGCCGUUUCGGAUUUCCCAAAACACUUUCUGAGGUUACAAAAAUUGUCUUUAAGGAAAUCAAGAAAAUGAUGACAAAAAAGUCAAAAAACAACCAAAAGUCUGCUGACAGUGAACCCAAAGUUGAGGCUCCUAAACUGCGAUCUAGAGAUGUCAUCUACAAACGUAAACCUGGCAGCGAAAAUGUAAAUACAUACAAUCGUCUUCUACUCCUUGCUAUACAAGGGAACAUGGAUGUUCAAAUUUGUAUGAGUCCGUGGGAUGUUGUUAAUUACGUUAUUUCGUAUGCCACCAAAAAUGAAAAAGAGGUUUGUGACGCCUUGAAAGAUGUUAUUAAAAAUAUUGAUCAGCCGAGCAAUAAGAACUCUAAAGAAGCCCUUAGACAGCUUGGUAAUACUUUUUUAAAUUCUAGGUCCGUCUCCGUCCAAGAAGCUAUUUUUCGAUGUCUGCCCCAGUUGAGUCUCUCCCAUUUCAAACCUUCGGUUCUUUUCAUUCCUUCUGACAUGCCAGGGGAUAGACAUGGCAUUGUCAAACCUCGUUCUACCCUACAACAGCUGCCAGAUGAUUCAGAAGAUGUGUUCCAUAACUCGCUUCUUGACAAAUAUCUCAAUCGUCCUGAUGAUUUAGAGUCGAUCUGCUGGGCUGAAUUUGCUUCCUUAUACGUUCGGUUAGACAGAAACGUAACUUCUAAAAACAGACACAAAGUAAUUACUCUUAAAUCUAAUCUUGGCCAGAUGAUAAGGCGAGACUCGCCUCAAGUUAUCAGAAGUAACAAAAAGUCUCGCACAAAGGAGCCUGAAAAGUAUUACUAUUCGAAACUGUGUUUGUACUUUCCGUGGAGAAAGGAAGCUGAUCUUAUUGGCUCCUUUGCCACUUAUCAAGAGUCAUUUGCUGAGAAUGUUGAUGCCAUGAAACCCAACAUCAAAAAGUUUGAACAAUUUGACGACGACACUCUGCAAAAAAUGGAAGCUGAAAUAAGACAAGAGAUCAAAGAUUCACUUCUUGAUGAAAAUAAAAGGGAAGUUCUUGAUGGUAGGCAUCUUUUCAAUCAUCCCUUUGAAGGUAUUGAUAUAUCGAAGGAGGAAGAGAAGUCUGUGUUCAACGUCACUUAUAAGGAGCCCAUUGUCUCUGACGAACAGUACCAGCAAAUGGUCACCAGCCUCAAUGAUAAACAGCGCGAACUCUUCAACAUUGUAGAUCAUCACUCUUCCCGUGUUGCACAGGGUCACAAGGUCAAUCAGCUUCUUCAUUUUGUUAGUGGUGCUGGCGGAGUAGGUAAAAGUUUUCUCAUAAAAUGUAUGCGCUCCUGUAUCUCACGCAAGUUCCCAGACAGUAUCAUUAAACCUAGGGUUGCUGUUGCAGCUAGCACUGGUGUUGCUGCAGCUCUCAUUGACGGUCAAACUGUUCACCAACUCCUUCAGUUAGAUUGUCAAGAGGGCGGAAGAAUCCAACCUAAACCACUUAAUCCAAAAAAGAAGAUGCAAAUGAGGAGAUUCUUUCAGCAUGUAAGGUAUAUCAUUAUAGAUGAAGUGUCCAUGGUGGGUAACACAAACCUCAACCAGAUCAAUUCACGGUUGAAUGAAAUAUUUGGGGUUCCUCCUGAAACCACAAUCUUUGGGGGAAUCAACGUUAUCUUCAGUGGUGACCUUCAUCAGAUUCCUGCGGUUCAACAAACUAUGGUGUUUGAGACUAAAGGUAUCGCUGCUCUUGGGCCUAACAUUUGGAAGGAUUCAAUUACAUUUUCUGAGCUAACGGACAUAGUUAGAGCAAAGGGUGACAGUCAGUUCACGGAACUCUGUCACAGGCUUAGGGUAGGAGAGCACACCCCAGAGGAUAUUGAGUUACUGAGUUCAAGGGUUGUGGAAAAGCAGCCUAAACCUGCUGAAAUCAUGGACUCAAUGGUCAUUUAUCCAACCAAUAGGCAGUGCAACAGUCACAAUCAGGAGUGCAUUCAAGAAUUGAGCAAAACCUCUUCAAUAGUUAACGUUGUUGCUCAAGACAGAUUCUCUAAUGAAGUUUUCAACAAAUCUUCUAAUUUUGGCGACAAAGUUUACGACAAAAUGAACAAGAAACCCCAAGAUUACACGACUGAUGAUGUGAACAAAACUGCUGGGUUACCAACUUCAUUAAAUAUUGGUCCAGGAGCUAGGGUCAUGGUGCGUGUUAAUAUCGACACCCCUGACAAAGUUGUAAACGGUGUGACUGGGACUGUCCACAGUUUCCAACUCCAAAACGGCAAAUCUGUCAAGGACGGUUCAUGCAGUGCUAGAGACAUUCGGCACGUUAAUGUUAUGUUCGAUGAUGUUAACGUCGGCAGAACCAUAAAACAUCAUUGUGACAAUUUCUGCGCUAACAAUUGCACUAAGGCAGGCACUGUUCCAAUAAAGCCCGUGGAAAAGGAAUUUAUCUCCAAAAAGAAUAGCUACCUCAUUAUAUUCUCCGCUCUCUAUGAUGUCUCCACAGUCUACUACUGGUCUCAAACGUCCUUUACCAAACUCUCCUCAAGUUCCAGCAAGUCCACUUCUAAGAAGUUAGACGUGCAACAGGACACUGAAGUUUAA